AUGUCCUUUGACCUUCCCGCGUCUCCUGAUGCGGUGAGGCGAUCUCACUACACCCACCGCCAUCUCCAGCUUCUACGACAUGGCUCGACAGCCACCCCACUCCGCGCCAUCGCGCAUGUCGAUCUCGAUGCCUUCUAUGCGCAAUGCGAGAUGGUACGGCUGGGGACACCCCGUGACACACCCCUGGCUGUGCGCCAGUGGGACUCACUAAUCGCCGUCAAUUAUGCAGCGCGGCCAUUCGGAAUUACUCGUAUGCUCUCAGCCACUGAGGCUCGAGAGAAAUGCCCCGAUAUCGUCCUGCAGCAUGUCGCGACAUUUAGAGAAGGAGAGGGAGGAAAAUGGGCAUACCGCGAUGAUUCGUUCAGGAACAUCAAGACCGAUAAGGUGUCGCUAGAUCCAUAUCGGGCGGAAUCGCGGAAGAUCCUCAAGACUAUGAAGGAUGAGCUGGAGCGAUGGUGUACGGAUGGCUCGGAACCGGAGCUGUAUGCUCUCACCCAAGGACUUACAGCAUCUCUGGAGAAGGCGAGUAUUGAUGAAGUAUUCAUUGAUUUAUCUCCGUUGAUAUACUGCGUCUUGCUGCGGAGGUACCCUGAACUACGGCCCAGCCCGCAGGAGGAGAACAAGGAUGCCGCUCUCCCUUUCCCUCCAACCACGGCGCUGAUGUGGGGGCCUGAAAGCUGCUUGAUUGAGUUGGGUGAGCAUGGGAACGAAGAAGAUGACCCGGACUGGGAUGAUGUGGUCAUGCUAGUGGGCGCAGAGAUCGUACAUGCAGUGAGAAAUGCCGUAUGGGAGAAGCUUCACUAUACAUGCUCUGCAGGGCUUUCUCGCAAUAAAAUGCUCGCGAAGCUUGGCAGUGCAUGCAAUAAACCCAACCUGCAGACUGUGGUGCGGAAUCGGGCAGUGCAGCAUUUCCUCGGUGGAUACAAGUUCACCCAGAUCCGGAUGCUGGGUGGAAAAUUGGGAGACCAAGUUACUGCUUUCUUCGGCACGGAGAAAGUGAGCGAUCUUCUUAAUGUUUCUCUCGAACAAUUACGCGCAAAGCUAGAUGAUUCUACUGCUUCUUGGCUGUAUGGUAUCAUCCGUGGCGAUGAUCGUACCGAAGUCAAUCCUCGGACGCAGAUCAAGUCCAUGUUAUCUGCGAAAUCAUUCCGACCAAGCAUCAAUUCAAUGGAACAGGCCGAGAAGUGGCUGCAUAUUUUUGCGGCCGAUAUCUACGGUCGACUUGUGGAGGACGGCAUACUUGAGAAUAGGCGUCGUCCUCGAGUGAUCACACUGCACCAUCGAACGGUUCAGUCAAGAUCUCGCCAAUUUCCCAUCCCGGCCGCUAACGCGAUUGAUGAGAGCCUUCUAUUUGAUCUUGCUAAGAAUUUACUGCGGCAGGUCGUUGGCGAUGGGCAGGCAUGGCCUUGCUCCAACCUCUCGUUGAGCGUGAGUAGCUUUGAAGAUGGCGUGGCAAAGAACAAAGCCAUCGAGGGUUUUCUGCUCCGAGGCGAGCAGGCUAAGUCUUUGAGCCAUUCAAUAAGGCCCCGCGAUGCAGAGAGUAUUCCAAGCGAACAUCCAUCUGAUAAGAGGAGGAAAGUUGAUGACAGUGGAAUAAAACGGUUCUUCUUUCAGCCACCCAACGCCAUAGAUCCCGCCUCAAAUGUUGAAGAUUCCGACCUGACUAGUGAGAAUUUCGCUGCAUCUGACAAUGAAGGCCUGCAGCCACCAUCAGAGCAAGGCUCGGGCUUAGUCACUCCGGAGAUCUUCGAGGGCCAAAUAGACAGCGCCGAACUGAUGCAGUUCAUAUGCCCCCGAUGCUCUAAAUCUAUUCCUGAAUAUGAAAGGGAAGAGCACAAUGACUGGCAUUUUGCGAAAGAUUUGGAUAUACAAGACCGGCAGGAAGCGGUGACUACGCAACAGUCGCGUCCGGCGAAUCCGACUACCCCGAGAGGCUCGAACACCCGUGGAAGGGGUGGUCGAGGAGGAAAAAGCAAACCUGAAAAAGGGCAGAUGCGCCUAGCCUUUCAAUGA